AAUGCACCAGCCGCCUCCAGCCUCCUGCAGCAGGAGCAGCAGCAGCAGCAGCAGCAGCAGCAGCUGCGAGUGCGCUCGCGUGGGUGUGAGGGUGAGUGCGCUGGCGCGGGCCGCAGCGCCCUGCCCUGCUCCCCGCAGGCUGCCCUAGCCCCCGCCUGCGGGAGCCGCCCUCGGCGGGGACCAGCACCCUCAUCCCGGCCAGGCCAGCCUGAGUCCUGCCCCUGCCAUCUCGCCACUGCAGCUUGGGUCCGGAAAGGCACCAUUUUGUCGCGGCUGCCCGCUCUCCCAGGGGGAGGAGGGAUCUUUUUUGCAUUUUGGAGCAGCUGCCAACGGAAGAACCUGUUGGGCAUCUCCCUAGCCCCGCUUGGGAGCGCGUUCUGGACGGGCGGGCGGGACCAGACCCCUCGGGGCACCGCGCUUCUGGGCACCCGGAGGCAGCGGAGGCAGGCGCAGCAUCCUCGCUGGGAAUCGGAGCUGAAGUGAGCGCACCGCGCGGGAGGAGCCACCGCAGCCUCGGAGAACCCGAGUGGAGGAGGUGACAGCUCCAUUGCCGGGAUUUUAUUUUAUUUUCUCUCCGCCUCCCGGUCUCCUCCUCAGGCUCGGACCAUGGUGCAGUCCCACUGGCUCCCCUGCCCCCCUCUCCUGUGAGACUGGCUGCGGGGAGGGAUCAUGGAUACUUGUCUGCCGGUUUUUGGUUCCCACGCAAGUAAGCCUGCUGUCAAUGGAGGAGGACAUUGAUACCCGCAAAAUCAACAACAGUUUCCUGCGCGACCACAGCUAUGCGACCGAAGCUGACAUUAUCUCCACGGUAGAAUUCAACCACACGGGAGAAUUACUAGCGACAGGGGACAAGGGGGGUCGGGUUGUAAUAUUUCAACGAGAGCAGGAGAGUAAAAAUCAGGUUCAUCGUAGGGGUGAAUACAAUGUUUACAGCACAUUCCAGAGCCAUGAACCCGAGUUCGAUUACCUGAAGAGUUUAGAAAUAGAAGAAAAAAUCAAUAAGAUAAGAUGGCUCCCUCAACAGAACGCAGCUUACUUUCUUCUGUCUACCAAUGAUAAAACUGUGAAGCUGUGGAAGGUCAGUGAGCGUGAUAAGAGACCAGAAGGCUACAACCUGAAAGAUGAGGAGGGCCGGCUCCGAGAUCCUGCCACCAUCACAACCCUGAGGGUGCCUGUCCUGAGACCCAUGGAUCUGAUGGUGGAGGCCACCCCACGAAGAGUGUUUGCUAAUGCACACACAUACCACAUCAACUCCAUAUCUGUCAACAGUGACUAUGAGACCUACAUGUCUGCUGAUGACCUGAGGAUUAACCUGUGGAACUUUGAAAUAACCAAUCAGAGUUUUAAUAUCGUGGACAUCAAGCCAGCCAACAUGGAGGAGCUCACGGAGGUGAUCACUGCAGCCGAGUUCCACCCCCACCACUGCAACACUUUUGUGUACAGCAGCAGCAAAGGGACAAUCCGGCUGUGUGACAUGCGGGCAUCGGCCCUGUGUGACAGGCACACCAAGUUUUUUGAAGAGCCGGAAGAUCCAAGCAACAGAUCAUUUUUCUCUGAAAUCAUCUCUUCGAUUUCCGAUGUCAAGUUCAGCCACAGUGGGAGGUAUAUCAUGACCAGAGACUAUCUGACCGUGAAAGUCUGGGAUCUCAACAUGGAAAAUCGCCCCAUCGAGACUUACCAGGUUCAUGACUACCUCCGCAGCAAGUUGUGCUCCCUCUAUGAAAAUGACUGCAUUUUUGAUAAAUUCGAGUGUGUGUGGAAUGGGUCAGACAGUGUCAUCAUGACCGGCUCCUACAACAACUUCUUCAGGAUGUUUGACCGAAAUACCAAGCGUGACGUGACCCUGGAGGCCUCAAGGGAAAACAGCAAGCCCCGGGCUAUCCUCAAACCCCGAAAAGUGUGUGUGGGGGGCAAGCGGAGAAAAGACGAGAUCAGUGUCGACAGUCUGGACUUUAGCAAAAAGAUCUUGCACACAGCUUGGCAUCCUUCAGAAAAUAUUAUAGCAGUGGCGGCUACAAAUAACCUAUAUAUAUUCCAGGACAAGGUUAACUAGGAGGACAAGUUAUUACUUAAUCUCACAUACUGAAUACUAGUCAAACGAGUUUUUAAAUGUUUCUUUCGGUCUUCAUUUGAUGCAUUGACUUUCAUUUCCCUAUGCAUAAAACAAUUGGAAUAGAAUUAAAAGGAGUCCAACGUUCCCAACUCCCCAGUUCUAAGAAACUUUUGUCAAGCUCAGUAGGCGUGGGCCACUUCUGUUUAGACUUGAGAGUUGCCAGCUGGCAGUAAAUCUUUCAUAGUUGACUUGAAUUUCUGAUGCUUUAUUGCCCAGUUUUCUCUGGUGGGUCCCGUGUUUUGUUUCUAGGUGUCUGCUGCGAUAAAAUGAGGUUGUCUGUAGUAUUUAAGGAGAAGAGAUAAGUUUUUUUUUUAAUUAAGCAAUUCCAUUUGGUUGAAAAAAAAAAUCAACAAAAAAUAAACACCGUUUACUCUUAAA